ACAUUCUGUCUGCCUCCCAUCCCAUGUUUUCAACUUGCAUGUGUGGUUUGAAUGUGCAAGCAUUUGUGUGGUGUGUUCUGGAGUUUGGGAAUGUGUUCUGUGUUAUUUUUGUUUGAGCAGGUAUUUGUGAUGAUAGAUCUUGAGAAGAUCUUUCCGACGCAACGAGAAUCCCUUCAAUCGGAGCAAGAAUGCGAAAGCUAUGAAGAUUCAAAGUUCAUGAGCUUGCGUUACAAUUGCGGCGGUUACUAAGUGAAGUUGUGGGGUGACUCUAUAUGGAGUUGGGACCUUUGGGGUUGGGGAAACUUGUCACUCUACUGUAACAGCUGCAAAUAGGUUGGGAACAACCAAGCUAGGUUGGCAAGGGUGGCCAACUUGGAUGGAUUGGUUGGGAAGGGACAAAGGUCAAAAUUCUUGAACUUUGAUUGAACUCUUGAGAUUGAGUUAAGUUCUCCUCCUACAGCUUACCCCCUAGUGCGUCGAAAGCCAUAGCGUCGCGAAUACUUCAUCAAUUAACAUGAUUCAAAUUGGGAACGGUAGCUGAGAUUAAGAGCUCCAACAUAUCCAAGUUUCGCGAUAUUCCAACGGCUAGUUUUUCGUCGACGUCGUUUCUUGUGAAGACGACUUUUCUGUCCAGAAUUUCGGAUUUAUAUUUUGAGUAAUUCUAGCUCCUAAGUUCACCUAGACUCCGUCCUUAAUCCUAACAAGUGGUAUCAGAGCAUAUUAAGGAUAUUGAGAGGAGUCUACAGAAGUGUGAAGACCCUUCUAGACCCACCAUGGCCUGUGGGUGUGCCUAAGUGGUGUUCUAAAUGUUGGAUGUGUCUUCCGCUAAGGGAAACUCUGCCGAAAUUUCGUGGACGCCGACACUUGUGAAAAUAUCGAGGGAGCUGAGUGUGGACAGCAAAGGGGAGCUGAAAUUCGUCAUUUCUCAAGGAGAAGAUGAAUGAGAGAGGAGGAGAUGCUAAUGGAAGAGGAGCUGUAGCUGAGAAGACAAGUGAGCCGCCGCCAUCAAAAGUUGAAGCUUUGGAUGGCUCCAACUAUGAGGAAUGGAGCGGACGGAUGAGGAGUGCCUUCAAACGCUACAAGCUACUGAAGAUUGCUGUUGGGGAAGAGAAGAUGCCGGAAGAAGGCGAAGCACGCGAACGGUGGAUUGAGAAAAGCGCGGUGCUUUUCGACCUCAUUCUUCAAUCGGUCAACAAGGAGAUGUUCGAGCACAUCAAGGAUCUUGUGGAAGCGGAUGAUUCGGGUCCAAGGGCGUGGAAACUACUACGCGAUGUGAUUCAGCCCAACACUCUCCCGAUGGCGGUGCUGCCACUAAGACUGCUGAGGGGUAUGGAGCUGCAGGGCGCGGCAGAGGAAGAGGGGGUUGGAGAGGCCGAGGCCGUGGGAGAAGCUUUGGCAGAGGUAGAGGCCGAGGUGACUAUAAUGAGGGGCAUGGGAGCUCCAGUGGCAGGGGGAGUACCAGAAUGGAGGGCACCUGCUGGUACUGCAAGAAGAUAGGGCAUCCUUGGUUCAAGUGCUUCAGCAGGCCGGAGGGAUGGGCACCUCCAGGCAUGAAGCCGCCCAGUGGUGAACGCGCACAAGGUGGUGCUGUGCAAGGCUCAGGUGCACAAGGUGAAGGUGCACAAGGUAAUGCCUAUCCUGGGAUGUUUCUCAUGGUUGAGGAUGUGCAUGGGCAUGAGGGUGAUGUGGGAUCUGUGGGAAAGGUUGUGAUGCACCCUCUCACGCACUGGGUGAUUGAUUCAGGUUGCACCAGUCACAUGACCCCACGGGCAGAUUUGCUUGAUGAGGUAAAACCCCCUGGGAAGAUCAAGUAUGUGGCAGCAGCGUCAGGUGCUUUGCUCCCUGUGAUUGGUGUUGGGAAUGCCAAGGUUAAGGGAGCUAAUGGGGAGCUUGUGGGGCUUGGGAAUGUUCUGCUAGUUGAAGGUUUGUCUGCUAACCUUCUCUCUGUGCGGCGACUGCAGAAGAGCAAGGCCGAAGUGACCUUUGGACCAACCAGCUGCCGUGCUAAGCUUGGGAAGAAGGUGCUGUGGAGUCUGGAAGAGGAGACCAGCUGCAUCAAGGACCUAUGGCAGCUGCCCAUCAUCCCUUGGAAUGGGAAGACUCCAACAACAGCAACGGCAGCAGCGGCAAAGGCAACAGCAGGAGGAGAUGCAACUGCACCAACUGAUGGGGUCCUGGAAGCAGUCAAGAAAGUGCACCAGCAGCAGACACAUAGUGAGGUGCUUGCUGGUGUGGAUGCGAGUGCGGCAUGGGCUAAGGCUUCAUCAAGGAGUGGAGAGGCCGAUUGGGAGACAUGGCAUGAGAGGUUGUGUCAUGUGAACUUCCCUAUGCUGCAGAAGUUGGUGAAGAAUGG